AAUAAAUUUUAAUUAUGACAUGCAUUUUAACAUUUAUAUAAAUAUAAAUCAUAGCCUAAAUAUAAAUAAUUUAACAACUUAAAUUAGAAAAAAAUAAAAAUCCCGGGCGUAGCCCGGGUUAAUCCCUAGUCUUAUAUAAUAAAGUAGAGUUGUGCUCUGCACAUAGCCCUCCACGUCAGCCUUCACCAUAGGGCAAUUUUGGACACGUGUCAGACACUUUCGUUCAAAUUUUUUUUGUAUUGUCGCAUCUUGUGGAAUGGGCCAGAUGUUGGUCUCUGAAAAUAUAUUGGGCUCCCUUAUGGUCUUUCGUUAAAGUCCCAGAUGUUGAUACGGUUUCUGCCAUUUCAAUGUUGGAGAUACAAAACAAAAAACAACCGUAUCCUUCCAGAUUCCACCGCCUCUGAGCGAUAGCUUUGUAACGGCUGUAGUGAACAAUUACGUGAUUUGAACCACUCUUUCCAUUCUCUUGCAUUUCAUCGCCCUCAACAUCUUCCAAGGUAACCGAUUGAGGCUCCUCCUAUAAAUGUGUUUGUUGCCUGCGAUGAACAGCCUCGCCGCCACGAUACCAGUAAAGACAAUCUCUGUCAAGCAUAGACUCCAACACAGGCGUACACUCUUGCCGAUUUGAGAGCUGGCCUUUGGAUCUUAGUAAGUUUGACUAUGUUCUUUUCCUUUUGCUAACCUCAUGACUGUCGUCAUAUCUGAAAGCAAUCUCUUAUACUACAUCUAUCAAAGAAGAUUACUACGUACGUUUUGCUAUUGCCGGGCCUGUUCAUUGAAAGUCAUUCCUCUAAUUCUCUGUUAUUUCAACACGCAUGCCUCUGAUGAGUUUCUUCCAUAUUUUUUUCCUUUAGUUUCUAAUGUAUAAUAUGCUGGUUUGAACAGGAACUAAGCUUUGCAACUCAGAUAGUUCAUGUGGUAAUUGCUGGAAACGCUGUUGAAUUUUUCCAUAAACUGGACAGAUAUCUCUACUUAUAUACAGCUUCAAUUAUCGCCUCUUAGAAACGUUAUUACUGGCUGAUUUUUGCAGAACAUGGACUCCAAAGAUCAAUCAAAACUGUAUGAGCCCAUCAAAGAGCUUGAUAUCAUGUUAACACAAGUGAGGUAAAACCAGAUCUAUCCGUAUCUUAUUAAUUCUAUUGUGAUGAAAGUUCAAAUUCCUGUUUUGUUUUGUGGACUGUUUUAGAUAGCUGCAGGAGUUUCAAAUUCAAGUUCAAAGUCUUGGACGUUCUUUUACGUUAUAUUCUUUGAACAUCACUGUUUUUGGCAUCUAUGCAUUUUACAGGGCUGAUAUCAGCAAGCUUUCCUUUCUGCGCAUAGUCUUAAAGCCUCUUCUAAACCUGAUCCUUACAGUAAAAACAAGUUGUUUUAGUCCCUAUAUACUGGUUCUUAUUAUGGAAAUUUUCAGAAUGUUUGGCGAGCUGUCAAUGAACUAUAAACUGACUGGUGAAGCUGUUGCAGUUUAAAAAUGAUGAACAGGAUGUAUAUCUCUUGGGAAGAAUGUAUUAAUCUGAGGGAAGUGAAGGUUUCAUAUCGUAUGAAUGAUUGUAUUAAUCUUCUUGAGGAAUUUGAUGUCUAAAAUUGGUGCUUUCAAGUCUUUUCUUGCAUGCCUCAGCGUGGAUACUUCCAUCGUGAUCUAAAGUCAGAAAAUAUGUUCUCUAAAAAUGUCAUCAUUAAGAUCACUGAUCUUGGCGUAGCCUGGGAGGUCCAUUCGAAUAUACAGAGUAUGUCUAGACACGCUGGUACAUGGCACCAGACGUACCGACUACAGUCAUAUGUGUACACGUCAAAAGUUGAUAUGUGGGCUAUGGGUGCUAUUCUGACUAAAGUUGUUGUCUCUUCGCUCUCUCUCUUCGAAGCUAGAUAUUCUUUAAUGUGUGCAGUGUGAUAGGUAUCCCAACCAAAGAGACAUGGUUGAAGGGGCUAAAUCUUACUAGCGUUAUCGAUUACCAAUUCCCUCAUGUAAUGUUUGCUCAAAUAUUCAACGUUUCUUGGGCAAAAGUAGUGUCACGGAUAUUUACGUCUACAUCGUUAAUCAUUGUACCAAUAUACAAUAAUAUUUAUGAUUAAACGAGAGCACUAAUAGUGUAUUAUACUAUUAUCUAAAAUAAAAAGGAUUUAUUGAGAGUUUUUUUUUAAGUACUUGAAAGUGUUUCCUAUAUAUUCAUUACAGAGAAUUAGGGCUGAACAAAAUAACCCAACCCAAAAAGUAGUAUAUGUUCAGAGUUCUCUGAAGUAUGUGUGGUUCAGAAUUAUAAAUUUAAAUAUUUUAAUUAUUUUCUAAAAUAAUAUUGCACAACUAUCUAAAAGAUUUUAUUAUCCGAAAAAAUAAAAAAAUAUCUAAAAACUACACAAAAUAGCCAAAAUAAA